AUUCCCGUCCCGGCUCCUCCCGCCUUGCAGCCGCAGUGACAGGCGAGCCGGGCCCGGUGGCGGAGAGGAAGUGUGGGGCCCACGCGCCGAGCCCGUCCCCGCCGAGGCCGAGCGGCUCCCCCCGGGGUGCUCGGGUGACAGUGCCGUGGCCGCCGGGCGCAGCGCGGGGCACGCGCCGGGCAGAGCCGAGCACCAGACGGACGCUUCGGCGGAGACGCGGGGAAAAUGGCUGAUGACUUUGGCUUCUUCUCGUCGUCGGAGAGCGGGGCCCCCGAAGCGGCCGAGGAGGACCCGGCGGCUGCCUUCCUGGCCCAGCAGGAGAGUGAGAUUGCGGGCAUUGAGAAUGACGAGGGCUUCGGGGCACCUGCCGGCGGCCAGGGGGGCCUCGCGCAGCCGGGACCCGCGAGUGGGGGUUCUGAGGACAUGGGGACCACGGUCAAUGGAGAUGUGUUUCAGGAGGCCAACGGUCCAGCGGACGGCUAUGCCGCGAUCGCCCAGGCGGACAGGCUGACUCAGGAACCCGAGAGCAUCCGCAAGUGGAGAGAGGAGCAGCGGAAACGGCUGCAGGAACUGGAUGCUGCCUCCAAAGUGAUGGAGCAGGAGUGGCGGGAGAAGGCCAAGAAGGACCUGGAGGAAUGGAACCAGCGCCAGAGUGAACAAGUCGAGAAGAACAAGAUCAACAACCGGAUCGCUGACAAAGCAUUCUACCAGCAGCCAGAUGCUGACAUCAUCGGCUACGUGUACGUGUCUCCUUUGCUCUUCUGCUGGGGCCCCUGUGUGCGGCUGGCAGUUUCUUGAGUCUCUCCCUGGUGGGGUAUGAAUGAGUGUGGCUGGGCCUGGGGCAGUGAUCAGAGAAGGAGGUGAGCCGCAGGGUGGACCCAGGCACCAACCUUCACCUCCAUC